CUGAGACUCUCCUGUCACUCGCUUUUCUUCUCCUCUUCUUUUUUCCACAUUUUUCACUGUUCUCUGCUUCACUCAUUGCUUUCCUUUCCUUGUUCUUAGAACUCUAUUUUUCUCUGCCCGAAGAUUAUAUCUCAGUUGACCUGACAUGGCGUUACCCGCAGAGCAGCGGAAGAAGAUUCUCAAGGUCUUGAUGACCUCGCUGCUCUUGGAUCUGAUAUCUUUUACUUUCAUUCUCCCGCUAUUUCCUUCUCUUCUCACUUUCUACCGCAAUCAAGAUCCGUCUCCCAAUGCGCUUCUCAAUCGCUUGUUCCACUACCUUAACGCCUACAAGAACUCAUUUGCGAAACCUAUCGAUUCACGCUAUGACAUAGUCCUUUUGGGUGGUGCGCUUGGCUCGCUAUUCUCUUUUCUGCAGGCACUCGCAGCUCCCUUCAUCGGUCGCCUGUCAGAUAAACACGGCCGCAAGACCGCCCUCCUCUGCUCUAUGGUCGGCAACACACUUAGCGUAGCCCUUUGGGUCACCGCAACCGACUUCCGCACCUUUCUCGCCAGUCGCAUCAUUGGCGGCCUCAGUGAAGGCAACGUGCAGCUUGCGAAUGCCAUUGCAACGGAUAUCAGCGACCCCAGCCAGCGGGGCUCCACCAUGGCUCUUGUUGGCGUCUGUUUCAGUAUCGCCUUUACCUGCGGACCCGCUCUCGGCGCAGCCCUCUCUAAUAUCACCACCGUUGCUGCCAAUCCCUUCGCCACCGCCGCUGGUGUUUCGCUUCUCCUGAUAGUCGUUGAAACUGCUUAUCUGUACUUUUGUCUUCCGGAGACCCAUCCUCGUUUCACCAAGCUGAUCCACGCCACUAACGUUACCCACGACAUCGACAACAAAUCCCAGUCAGCAGCCGCCACAAGCCGUCAGCUAAUAUCCAAGAAACACACAAAUAAUCCCGCGAUUCUCAACCUGAUCCAUUUGCUUUUUCUCCUUCCCUUCUCGGGCCUUGAGUUCUCCCUUCCCUUUCUGACGGCCACCUUCUAUGUGGGGAGCAAAUCCAGCCCCUCCGCCCUCAACGGUCGUCUCCUUUCCAUGAUGGGUCUCAUCGCCUCUCUUCUCCAGGGCACCGUGGUGCGCCGCCUGCCCCCGCUCAAGACCGUGCGUAUUGGCGUCAUCGCAUGUGCUAUCUCUUUCUUCAUGCUUGCACACGUCUCUUCGCUGGGUGGUCUCUAUGCUGCAGGCGGACUUUUGGCUAUCACUAGUGCGACGGUCGUCACUGGGUUGAACAGCUUGGGGAGUUUCGAGGCUUUGGAGGAGAAUCGUGGUGCCGUAUUAGGGAAGUUGCGCAGCUGGGGACAGGUUGGACGCGCGGCGGGACCGUUGCUAUUCUGUUCAUUGUUCUGGUGGAUGGGCCGAGAGGUUGCCUACAUGGUUGGAGGAUCUGCUAUGUUGGUUGUCUGUGGAGGCGUAUUCAUCUUGUUGAAGGAACCGGUCGUUGGUGGACAGGAAGAGUCCAAGAAAAGGAGCUAGAUUCCGAUUCUUGUCUAUUGCACCUUUGACGCUGCUUCAGGCUUCAUGGUUCGAGGCAGAUUGUCACUCUAUGCCUCAAACGUCUUAUUGCACAGCUGUCGCCACUUUGGAUGUGACGUUUGACAACAUCUAUUUAGAGAUAUGCCCAUCAACCACUGGCUGGUCCAGUACUGUUCACUUGAUUUGAUGCUCUUUGAAUUAUCAUUGAUACCGAAGCUCAAGUCAUGACUCAUUGCCUAAAGUGGCAUACUUUACAUACACGUUCGCAGAAUUAUACAGUGAAGAGAGAUGAGUUGUUAACAUCAAAGCCGAAUAUCCG